AAAGCAACGAAGAAGAAAAUCACUUCCGGGCAGUCACAGUUUAUCGUGCAGGGCUUGCUGCGGUAUUUUGUGACACAAAAUGGCUAAAUUGAAAGACAAAAGACGAGUGAAAGCUAGUGUCGCCUCUGAGAUUGACCGUUUGGAGGAGCGGCGUGCGCGUUGCAGAGGCAACCUGGAGAGGGCGGAGUUCAAGAGCAAGAAAGACCAGCUCUCUGACAAGGACAAGCAGGAUCUGGGAGAUGAGAUGACCAUCAUUAACGAGCGAGUGCUAAAGUUAGACAUGGAGCUGAAGACGUUAAGAGGAGAGAAUCGGAAGAACAUGCUGCUGUCAGUGGCUCUGCUGCUCGUCAGCGCUUUCUUCUUUUACGUCUUUUUCUCCAACGACGAGGACUCGUGAUACCGCCUGGCAACGUAAAGCAACCGCGUGUCUUCAAAGAACAACAACCUCGGGACAACAGAUGAUCUAUGAGGUUCACAGGGACGACAGCUUGAGAGCUGCGUUGAUGAAAUACCCAACGUCUGCCCCUAGAUGGCGUCAUUGUCAUACUGGGUUUGUUAUCAUACUGGGUUUCUCAUCAUACUGGGUUUCUCAUCAUACUGGGUUUCUCAUGCACAUCUUGGACUCGAGUAAUACAUGUCCGAGAUAAUAUUGGGCUAAGUCAGUGAGGCAUUUUUCUCAUCUACAGUCGUUUUCAGUGCUGUAUAAAGACGUCACUGUAUAUUAUAAAAUGUAAACAUGAACAGUGUUUAUACGACAGUUUGACCCCUGGAUGAACCAUUAAAUAAAAAGUUUAUAAAGUUUGCCUUGUGCCACUAAAAAGCCAAAGUAAUGUUACUUUUAUACAAUAUAUUAUAGAUAGGCUUCAUCUAACGGUGCCAAUCCAGCGUGUGUGUCUUUUCAGUCACAUAUAAAUGAGUAUGUGUAAUAAUAAUGCAUAUGGCAGUUAUGGAUGAAUUUAUUUGAUGCAUUUAGUUUUCUCUUGAAAUGAGUUGUAGAGUGAAGAAUGUAAUUGUUGUUUUUGAUACUCAUGUUGGACAUGCACCACCUCCUAGUAAAUGAUGAAAGAUGAUGAACAUGUUCACUAAUGUCUUUUUUUAAUACGCAUGUGAAAAAUGAGAGUAUGAGAACUGGGAUUGGUCCUUAUAACCGGUAUUUGGUCUUUUAUGCUUUCCUUCGUGAAUAAAAACACGUGAUUCUA